AUGGAGAACGUUGCGACCGCCAAAUUCAACGACGCGGUCGUGCCCAGCGGCCCGAACUCCGACCUCGUACUGAAACAACUGAGUCUCCUGUCGGUGUGGAUGAGUCGGUUGAUCGCGGAGCGCGUCGCGAUCUCUCCCAGUGCCACGGGCCUGCUUCUCCUCCACUCGCGUCUCUGCCUCCAGGCUCCAAUCGAGGUCCACGACGACUCCGCCUUCAAUUCGAACCAAUUGCGGCUGCUGAUUCUGGCACAGCUCGCCUGCUCCCUCGACUACUGGCCCUACCUACUUCGUCUCCUGCAACUGACCCUCACUGACCCCACGAAGGACGUCAACUUCGGCGUGGAGUGCGCCCGUCUGGCCAAUGAGCCCAUUGGUGCCUGCGGCGGUGGAGCCUUCGUGUGCAGCCCGCCCCCCAUCGAGGCCUUCCUGGCGCGCCUCCUGGCCCGCGCCGACGCCCUCAGCAAUCGAUUGUACCGACGGUGUUUCGCCACUGCCUCCCUCUUCUGCCUCAACCACCUCCCGCUCUGUGAUAAGCUCCACACCGACUACCUGGGUGCCAUUACUAGCCUAUGCGUGCAGGCAGGUUGUGGUGCUACUUGUGUGAUUUGA